AUGACAAGUCCGUUUCGGCAUGGCUCAUCUGGCUUUCCAGACUCGGACUCGUCAUCUGGAACCACGGGCCAGACGUCUCGCAGCCGACGUGCCUCUCCCUACAACAACGCUCCGGCCGCUCCUCCGCGCGGCGGGGGAAGCCACAGCUCCAACUUCUACACCCAUCCCUCCCGCACCUCGCUCCUGAGCCCGAGCGGCGAUCUCCUAGUCGAACCCGUCCCCAGCCUUGCACGACCGCCGACCCACGAUACCGCCGUCAUGGACGAGCAGGCCGGCGACGGCAUGGCCAAUGUUUGGAACGCUGCAGGGCCUCUGCCCUCCUUUUCUCGCGCUUUUGACAUGUUCACCACCCCGCGAGACGCAGACGGCUUUGGGCAUGGCGCGUUCGUUCCCUCGUACCUCCGAGGCUCCACGUACAUGCGACUGUUGGAGGAGCAGAGGAAGGCACAGUCACAAUCGGCCAAGGAAUCGAAGCGAUCGACAGACAACGGAGCCAACGUGGAUUCCAACGGCUUUGUCCGACCGCCGCUCCCUUCCGGCGCCCACCGGGGCAUGACGCACAACGUCAUCGAACGACCGCCACCCUUCGAGGAAGACGAGGCAGUGCCGCCACUGCCGACUCGAUGGAACAAGGACGACGCCGGCCAUGGUGCCGAGGUGCAGUCAAAUCCACUCACCGUCCGGUACGUUGGUUCUAAGAACCACCACGAGCGUGAAUACGAGGCUGGAGGCGUCCGAGCGAACCAUCAUAUGCCCCCGGAAUGUGGCAUAUAUUACUUUGAGGUGCAAAUUGUGUAUGGGAAGCGUGACGACACCACCAUCUCUAUUGGCUUCUCGGCCAGAAAUACAGCGCUCUCAAGAGCAGUGGGCUGGGAACCUGAAUCCUGGGGCUACCACGGUGAUGACGGCCGGACGUACACUGGUCAGAACAUCGGACGCAAUUACGGACCGACCUUCAGUCUCGGCGACGUUAUCGGCUGCGGUGUCAACUUCAGAGAUCACACAGCCUUUUUCACCAAGAACGGAGUGAAACUAGGAACUGCCUUUACAGAUGUGGUGCGAAGCAAGCUGUAUCCUACAGUCAGCAUGAAGAAGACUGGAGAGCAAGUCACGGCCAACUUUGGCCAAUGUCCAUUCGUCUAUAACAUUGACGACAUGAUUCGAGAACAACGAGAAAAGAUCCAGUUGGAGAUCGCGGCAACGGACACCUCACGGCUGGAGCCGGGAAUGAACGGGACUGACCUCAUCCAAACAUUGGUUCUGCAGUUUCUCCAGCAUGAUGGAUAUGUGGAGACUGCAAGAGCCUUUGCAGAGGACAUCAAGGCGCAAAAGGAGGCCCUCAAUCUCGACCCAAACGUAAAGGUAGACGGGAUUAACAUCAAGGAUGACGAGGACGCUAACAACCGCCAACGGAUCCGCCGAGCUAUUCUGGAAGGAGACAUUGAUCGGGCACUGAAGCACACGAACGCGUUCUAUCCCCAGGUGCUGCAGGACAACGAAGAGGUGUACUUCAAGCUGCGAUGUCGCAAGUUCAUCGAGAUGGUUCGGAAAGCGGCACAAAUCCGCACCGGCGGCGGUGAAUCUAAAAGAAGCAACGGUCACGGGCCGACGUCCGGUUCCCAGGACAUGGACCUCGAUCUGAACGGCAACGACGGCGUGUCCUUGGUGGACAACAUGGACAUGGACGGCUCGGAGCAACAGAUGGAGCUCAUGCAAUUGGAACAGAGCAUGCUGGAAUACGGACAGGCUCUCGGCGCUGAAUACGCCAACGAUUCUCGCAAAGAGAUAUCAAACGCCCUGAGUGAGAUUUGGUCCUUGGUUGCCUACUCGAACCCGCUUAAAGAGCCACAGGUUAGUCACCUGAUGGACCGCAAGGGCCGAUCUUUGGUUGCCGAGGAGCUCAACUCAGCCAUACUGUCUUCACUUGGCAAGUCAUCGCGGGCUGCUCUCGAAAAGAUCUAUGCGCAGACUAGCGUUCUGCUUGACGAGCUCCGACAAGACGGGGGCCCUGGCGCGUUUGUGUCUCUGCAAUCGAUUCUCGAGGACAUUACGACGUUCCCACAAAUCUGA